CAUGUACGGCAUUCUGCCCUCGGUAGGCCUCGGAAGCGGGCGCGCGCACUCGUUCGUAGUACUCGUCGGUUUCAGCUUCAGCAAGAACUUACGGACGUGGUUCCGUCGUGUCGAAAGGCCUGCUCUGGCCCGAAAAUCGCGAGUUUUCUCCGUUCAGAGCGUCACAGUGCGACGACGGUGCUAGCUAGGACGACGGCGCCUGUGUUUGCUAGUGCAUCCCGUAACGUGAAGGAGGAUAACGUUGUCGCGGGGGUGUAGAAAAUCGUGAACUACGGAACGGAACGGUCGUCUCUCGGUGGUGCCUUAGUGAACCGUUGAACGAGGAACGCCGAUUCUGGAGCAAGAUUGCGUAACAGUUUCCGCCAAACGGUGUCAAUUCGAAAUCUACCAAAUUUUACAGUAGUUGUUCAGGGAGAUCAAUAGUUACGUGAAUUUUAUAGUCUUAUCUGUGAUCCAAACCUAGCGAGGAAGAUAUUUUUUUUCUACGAACAAACUGAUUAUAUAUUAUAUAUGCAUCAACAUUUCCACUCAGUGUCAUAAAAAUUUAUCUGAACGUGAAGCGAGAAGAGAUAUUGUACGACACACACAGUCUAUUUUUGGUGCGGUUUGUUAUUCCAAAGCGUAGGCCUGGCUCCAGACCGUGUGUAUCACCUUGAUUCGCGCAAUCACCAACGAUCCCAGUGCUGCCGGUGUGGUAGUGAGUGCAUGCCGUUUGAUCGUGUGCGCGAUCGAGUGGGUUCAAUCUAAUUUACAAUCGUUCCGAAGAUAUAUCUACACCGCAAUCAUCAACGAAGAAGUGAUCGUCGUUCGACGAAAAACGCGAAGAUCAAGUGCGAGUGCUCUCGAAUGUCGGACUAGGAAUCGUAGAGGUGCGACGUUCGAAACCCAAGUGUGCCUCGUUCCAGUGCUACCUGUAAAAGAGUGCUAGUGUCUCUGUGUGUGCGCUCCGACGCGUCUGUGUGUGUAGUGCUAAUUAGAACAAAUUAAAUCAAAAUCGGCUAAAGUUUAAAGCUAGUGUUCAUAUUCCACGAGUCAGCCCGAUUCCACCGAAAACAUCAAUCAACACGCAACAAUGAUUCAAAGCAACGCCACCUAAUAGUGUAAAAGUGUUUGUUUGUUGACUCCAACGAAGCAAUCAGUGCGGAACCCAAUUCGAGUGUUAUUCUACGGCCGCGGUACGGAGUUUCCCCCAUCCUGGGCGGUAAAAUAUGUACGAAGUGGCAACCCUUGCGGGCAACAAACUAGACGCAGCGUACACAAUCGAAAGCCUUUCGAACAUCAUGGGUCAGAUUUCGAGUAGUACUACGGCGGCCAACAGUGGUCACCAUCAUGGCGGUACGGCCGUCACUCGCAACGGGAAGAAAAUCUAUCAUCGCCACUCGUCGGUUCAGCCGGCGCUGGCCAACAUUAAACUGCUGAAGAAGGAAAGUUCCUUCAAUGCCAAGGAUUACCACAUCAAAGAUCCGCUGUACAAAGCCCGGACCGAAGGUAAAAACAUCGACCAACUGCUGCAGGUGGCCAACGGUCAGAACCCGAUGGGACCGACAGUUAGUGCAGCGACCACUCUGAGCAACGAUCUGAAUCUCAGCCGGGAUGGAACAAUCAAGGACUCUAGCACUGUGUUCAGUUCGACCAGCAGUAAAGAGUUCUUCAAAUCGGGCGAAGCCUACCACAAGACUGAUGUAUGUUACUACAGAACGCAGGACAAUGGUUACCACAAGUUACCAUCCGACUCGUACCACAAGAUGACCGAAGGGUGCUACGUCAAGCUACCGAACGGUAGCUUCCGAAAACUAGACGAUAAGAUAAACAACUCCCCGGAUGCCAAUGCCGUGCUCGGCAGCGAAAAGUCGGACCACAGCAGUAACACUGCCACCGGUCGGAGUGACGAUUCCGGUGUACAGUAUCGGAUCAAGAACCCGAUGAUGAAGUUUCUCAAACGUUCCAAAUCCCACACACCCGCCACCAUCGCACAGCUGCAGAAGGAGAAGGAAAAGAAUCGCCUUAGUACAACAAUCCAAUCGCCGACCACCGCCGCCGCCACCAUGGACGCUGGACGUCCACCGGUGUCCCACCAGCAACAGCAGCAGGUUCUGCCGUCGCAUCAAUCUCACCACCAGCAACUGCACCAGCAGCAGCAACAACAUCAAAAUCAUCACCACAAUGAUCAACCGAAAUCUCAACAUUCCAGUGGUGCAUCCCAUCAGUCGCACGCCGGGCAUCACCAGCCGCAGCAACCGCAACCGAACCAGAACCGCCGGGUCAUGGUAACCAUGAUCGACGGUGGGCUGCCGGUUGUGGCCAAGAGUAAACCCAUCCACGAUAAGCCAAAAAGUGCCAAAGCCCGGGUCCAGGAUGCCGGCCGAGAUAAGGGUUCACCGAACAUGCAGAUGCGCGGAACCGGCGCCCGGUGGCGACCGGCCGAGGAACACAUCGGCAAAUACAAACUGCUGAAAACGAUUGGCAAGGGAAACUUCGCCAAGGUGAAACUGGCGAAGCAUGUGCCCACCUCGAAGGAGGUGGCCAUCAAGAUCAUCGACAAGACACAGCUGAACGCGUCGUCCCUGCAGAAGCUCUAUCGGGAGGUGCGAAUAAUGAAACUGCUGGACCACCCGAACAUCGUCAAGCUAUUCCAGGUGAUCGAAACCGAAAAGACGCUGUACUUGGUCAUGGAGUAUGCAUCCGGUGGGGAAGUAUUCGAUUACCUGGUGCUACACGGUCGUAUGAAGGAAAAAGAGGCGCGGGCCAAGUUCCGUCAGAUCGUUUCCGCCGUUCAGUACUGCCACCAAAAGCGAAUCAUACACAGAGAUUUGAAGGCAGAGAACCUGCUGCUCGAUAGCGAAAUGAACAUCAAGAUAGCCGAUUUUGGUUUCUCGAACCAAUUCACCCCCGGUUCCAAGUUGGAUACGUUCUGUGGAUCACCACCGUACGCAGCACCGGAGCUGUUCCAAGGCCGAAAGUACGAUGGUCCCGAGGUGGACGUGUGGUCGCUUGGCGUCAUCCUGUACACACUGGUCAGUGGGUCCUUGCCGUUCGACGGUGCCACACUGCGAGAACUGAGGGAACGUGUGCUACGGGGAAAAUAUAGAAUUCCCUUCUACAUGUCCACCGAUUGCGAAAACCUGCUGAAGAAAUUUCUCGUGCUCAACCCGGCUAAGCGGGCCAGUCUCGAGUCCAUCAUGAAGGACAAAUGGAUGAACAUGGGCUACGACGAAGAUGAGCUGAUACCGUACGUCGAACCUAAGCCCGAUCUGAAAGAUCAGAAACGGAUAGGUAAGACGGAAGCGCUAGUUGCAAUGGGCUACAAUAGGCAAGAUAUAGAAGAAUCAUUGACAUUCACACGAUACGAUGACGUUUUUGCAACUUACCUACUACUCGGAAGAAAGAGCACGGACCCCGAGUCAGACGGCUCCCGGUCCGGAUCGUCACUGUCACUACGUAAUAUAGCUGGGAACGAGGGUGCCGCCGCCGGUAACUCCCAAGUGCAGAGCCCCACACAUCGAGGCGUGCACCGAAGUAUAUCGGCAUCCAGUACAAAACCGAGCAGACGAGCUUCGAGUGGCGGUGAAACCUUACAGAUUUUCCAACGCUUCAUUACAGGUGUGGGACCGGCGGCCGCGGUUGCCGCAGCUGCAGCAGCAGCCGGCGCCACAGGGGGCGCAGGUGGUGGCAACAUACCCGGGGCUACUGCUGCCGGUGCCACGGCUGGCACCGGUGGAGGUGUUGCUGCGGUCAACAAUACCGCCAGCACCAACAAUCACAGCUCAGGAGCCAGCAGCGGCACCUCAGAACGAACAUCAGUUAGCAGUAAUUUCAAGCGACAGAAUACUAUAGACUCCGCUACCAUCAAGGAGAACACGGCUCGACUAGCUGCACAAAACCAGAGGCCCGCAUCGAGCAUAACCAAACCGAUUACAUCGGCGGAUAAUUCAUCGAUCUCCAGCCCGGUCAAGCCUCGUACCACCGGAACUACCAGCGGCAAGUUCGAUCCGAGCAAUGGCUCUCGAACGGUUGGUCCCAGCGCCGGCAUGAUGCCGAGACGGUCUACCACACUGUACGAGAAGACAUCGUCAACGGAAAAGACAAACUCCACCGCGGACUCAACCUUCAUUGGUCCGAUACCGGAAUUUACGCGUGGCAGCUCGGCCGGAGCGACAACCGGUGGCAAAGGUCACGUGAAGAGUGCGUCCGUAUCGAGCCCGGGACCGUCGGCCGACAGUAGUGUCAGCAGCGCCGCCACAACCGAUCCCCUCCGUCAAAGACAACCGGUUGCAUUUCCCAGGAAUGUUCCAUCGCGAUCGACUUUCCACUCGGGCCAAACCAGAUCCAGAAACAGUACGGCAUACUCCGGAGCCGGAGGCAACGUCGGCGACUCGCCACACACUGGCAAGACUUUCCUGCAAAGACUUACUACCAGAUUCAGCAAACGGCCCAACGAAGGCCAACCAAAUACUUCAUCAAAUAGCAGUGGCUCGAACGCGGAGGAACCAGUGAAACCACGCGUGCUACGUUUCACCUGGUCGAUGAAGACCACAUCCCCGAGGCUACCGGACGAGAUUAUGGCGGAGAUACGGUCUGUGCUGGAUAAGAACAAUUGUGAUUACGAGCAGCGGGAGAGGUUUGUUCUACUGUGCGUGCACGGUGACCCCAAUACGGAUUCGUUGGUGCAAUGGGAGAUUGAAGUCUGCAAGCUGCCGCGGCUGUCCCUCAACGGUGUGCGGUUCAAGAGAAUAUCAGGCACCAGCAUCGGCUUCAAGAACAUUGCCUCGAAGAUCGCGUACGAUCUACGCCUGUGACUCGAUACAAAAUCGGAAGAGUACCAACCGGUCGGCAGCGAUGCCCCGGAUGGUAGUGAUAGGGACGAUGGAGAUGACAGCGGUGGAGGCGGCGACCCAGGAUACGGUGGCACUGGCAACAACGGCAACAACUACUACACCAACAAGAACAACAGUAACAACAACGGUAGCAGCGGACAUGGUGGUGACUCGACAGUAUCAGGUGGUAAUGGAGGUAAUGAAACGGAACCCGGUGUUGACGAUGGCCAUCGGAAAGUUUCGCUCGGUAUCGAAACCGUGACUAACACUGCCAGCUUGGUAACCGGUUAUGGCGUUGAUUUCAGUACUACGAAUGCUAGUACUUUUACACAAACGACAAAAGCGACAAGGACGGUCCUAUCGAACGACACGUACGGCCCGCGUGUAAUCCACUAUCAACCGGAUAUGUGGGAAUGCAGCUCGAAGACAGGGGAAAAGGGCACCACCACUACAGGUGCGGCGGAAGGGGGUGAGAUAGUGGGAUAUAACAACAUAUUCGCAUCGUUGCUAAGAACUACUACACUUUAAGGUGGUAACCAAUGUUUGCAUGUAAUAGAGUGUUGUUCAUGUUAUUGUGCGAAAAAAAAGAUUAAGCUCGUUGAAGGUACAUAAAUCUUAUUGAGGUGGAAUCCAGUUUUUUAUACCAGUUGUUCAAGAUUGUAGACACAUUACACAUAAUAAACGUAAACAUUUAAAAAUUCGAACUAAAAACAAACCCGUUACAGAUAGUAUUCUCGUUAAAGACUAACACAAAUAUUUAAAGCUACUGAUCAAGUAUUCUAAAGGUCAAACAAAAUUGAACAGUGUGUUGGAAUGAUUAAAAAUUUACUCUUCGAUUGAGCAGUAGGCGAAGGACUAGGAUUUUUCUUAAAGUACUGUCAGCGCGACCGAUUUUUUGACUUUAGUCAAUCUUCUUUGGCUUUGAAUUCCCGUGAAGUCAAAGGGCUGCUUCUUCCGUCGUUUAAAACAACAUUUUACUGGAACUAGCCAUGUAGAAGAGCUGUAUUUAGUGGUCUUCUAUGAUUUUAAGCCGGUGUAAUUCUAGUAAGCAACUAGAUUUCUGAAGAAUUUUUACUAUCAAUAACACAUAAAAGACUAUAAAGGCUGCUGCUCAAAACACACAAAAUGUUACGAAAACAUAUAGUAAAACGGUAGUUGCACAGUACACAGUUUCAAUGUUACAUACUUUAUACUAAUUGACUGCAAGGAAUAAAAGCAUUAACAGAAAUUGCCUUUCAACAACAGCAAACGAACAAAAACUACCACUACCGUCUACAAUUGUUUCCACUUGGCUGACCAUCUCCUCGCUGGCGAGUCAAAAAGUGAAGAAAAUCUGCAUGAAAUACGUUCCCAUUUCUACACACACAAAAAAACAUACGACUGAUAUUAUCCGAAGGUUUAAAAGUACUACAGAUUGCAAACUGUAACUGCAGGAAAACCACUUCAUAGUUCAGCGCAACGGCGGUAUGUUUAGUGCCGGAAUGAUUAUUUUCCCCUUUUGUCACGAGAAGUUAGGCCGAAUUCACACGUUUUUAUCAUCUAACACCCCGCUGUUUAGCCAAAGUAAAACAAAAACACAACGUAGUUAGUGCCGCUAGAUGUCAUCUUUGCGUCAUCGUUUUCCCAUCUCCAGGAAAUAGGGAAGAACAGUUAGUGUCCGUAGCAACUAGAGUAAGGUUAGAUUUUUUUUUCUUCUAGUGUGACCGAAAAGGUGUGAAUGAUGGCUGUUUGAGAAUGUGUGCUGUGAUAGUGCGAAAGGAUGAUAAGAGUUCCUGUUCCGGGGGACGUACAGUUUAUGAGCUAUUAAUAUAUACAACAGAACAUAAAAACAGAGAUCAUUUCUUCAGACUAGAGUAGCUAUGAAAAUGAUAGUUUGUAAUAGUUUCCCUUCUCAUUCAGUGUAAAUUUUUUCUCAUCCGCCCAUCACGUGCUCAUGUACCGCUGGGAGAACGUGGCUUAGCGUAGAAAGUGUGCUAUCAACGACAGAAAGGAAAUUGAAACCACGAUAUUUGGCAGCAGAACGGAUCUGAAUCAAUUUCUGAUGAUAUAACGGUUUUGAGAAAUAAUGUAGUUCUAAGUUCACAUGACACUUUAUUCCGUAUGGUUGAAGGUAGGUUGGACCAUUUUAUUAUCUGUGCUCAUUUUCGUAGAUUGCCAAACUCUGUUGUUUGGUGGAGUUCAGUAUGUCCCAGCCAGUUUUGACACGAAUAAGCAUUUAGGGAAUUUUUUACCUUCGUUUAUCAAAUUAGAGCAAGAGUUUGUAGAAAAAAGUAUAGAAAAGCGAUUCCGGUAGCCAAUCAAACACUUCAAACUGUCCGGGCAUACCGCAAAAAAGUGCUUUGUAGUUGGUUAAAAUUCCACACCAUCCCAGUACCUGCAGUAGAAGACAAAGGGUUAGGUCGUCGAGAAACUUUACGUUUUCUCAUAAAACCCUAUUCCACGCAUUCUUAUAUUUUUUCUUCAAACCCUUCCUCUACUUUGAAUUGAAUCUUUAAAUCAACCUUCCAUAUCUUCCAGUCCUUGCUAAUUGAAUGACGUUAGAACACAUACAAAAGGAAAAAUUACACAUAGACAGUAAAAAGAAAAAAAGUUAAUGCAUUUAACGAUAAAUUUUGCUCAGGUUUCAACUGGAUAAACAUGUUUCAUCUGGUUUAGUAGUUUUGUGUUAUUUGAAACAGGUUUCGUCCCUUAAACUCCAAUCAACUUUCGAAUGAGGUUCUUAUACCGAAAUGAGGAGCUGCUUGUUGAUGUGAUCUUUUUCCAUUCGUGGUGAUGUUUUCAAAUGUUCUUCAUCAGCCAAAUAUCUCCAAUUGCAAUGUUCCGUUUCUAUAAACACUAGAUAAUUGAUAGUACUACACAAUAUACAUUUUAGAAUACCAAAAGAAGCCACGUUUUCUUUCAGCAGUAUAUAGCAUCAUAAAACUCUUAUAUUUUGCUUAUUGAACAUCAUCUGCAAUCCACGUAACUAACACACAAUCAGAAGUCAUCUUCCAAAUAUUCUUUUUUUGUUCUACAGUCCUAUUCCGAAGUUGCGUUAGUUGUAUGGAUUACAUCUGAAGGUUAAUUUCUGUUUAUUAAAAUAUCAUCAUUAGGAAAAAUAAUUCAAAUAACGUUUACAUAAAAAACCAGUCAUCAGUCAUCAACGGCAAGUCACUCAUUAGCUCACACACACAAAGAAGAGUAAGAAUGUAUGUAAAUCUCAUUAAUCGUUAGGAUGAUAAAAAUCAAAACUAAGGGCAAAAAGUUUGAUUUGUGAGAAAAUUAUACAAUUUAUGAAUUAAAAAAUCUGGAAAAAAAUGAAGAAAAGUCUGUAUUCGAAGGAACAGCUGCUAAAAGCUUACUAUUUAUUUUUUAAAGUAAUAACUAAAGUGAAACACAAAUCAGAUCUGUACAUUGAGCGAACGUUGUUGAAAACAGUAGAAACAAAAAGCACUUAUCGUAACGCUAUGCAACAAGUAUAAUUAACAAAUAACGUGGGAAAAUUAAAUAACUAACUAAUAUCUCCCCUGAACGUAAAACACAAAGUGAUAAAACAUCCCCCGUACGAUGAGAAAAAAUCAUGAAACUUAUGCAUAAAACAAGCGAAAAUAGAAUAUUACAUAAUUAUUAUUGAAAACAAAAAAAUAUAUAUAAAAAACUAGUUAUUGUUAGACUACAAAAGGACAACCAUUUAAACGUAGAAAAGUUCACGAACGUAUAGACACAGCCCCUGCAAGCCAAUAAGUAUACAUUUUCCGCAUCCCCUCACAUACACAACUAUUCAGACAGAGUAAUUGAAAUAGACGUGUUCGUGUGUAAACAGAUGGUUCCCCAGUUAGAGCUCCAAAUAUUACGAAGUCUUUCGUCAGUUUACUUACGAAGAUCUUCGAUUGAAAACACAAUACAUGGUCGAUUUUUUUAUUUGUAAGCAGGCAAUAAGCAUUUUGACAGAUUCAUACAUGUAAUUAGGGUUAAUUCGGAACGAUCCGUUACUCACCAAGCACAGAUUUUACCUUAUUUUU